GAGAAAUCACAGGAUGGAACUCUUCGAUUUCUUCACAGCAUUACACCGUGAAGCCAAUUUGUUUCUCACCUGGAACUUUGUUUUUUACUAUGGAAGUAUAUUGUUCAUCACCUGGCAGUUGUACAGACUUGUCAUCAAUCCUUUGACACAUCCUAUUUUGAAACAGUUACCUCACAAACCAUUUCGUCCCAUUCUAGGAAAUUUCUACGAAAUAGCCCGAGAAGAAGCAAUAUCUCCAUACGAAAGAUGGAUCAGGGAGUACCAGUCCUCCAUUAUUGCCUACCAUGGUAUGAUGGGAAGUGUUCGGAUCAUGGUGGCUGACCCAGACUUCAUGAAGCACAUUUUAGUCACAAACGUCAGAAACUACCCGAAGCCCAAGUUCUUAUUUGCCCGUCUGCAGGAGGUGAUUGGUAACGGUCUGGUGACUUCCGAAGGUCAGCUACAUGCCUCUCACAGAAAGUUGUGUAAUGGUUCCUUCAAACCUAGCAUCCUGCAGAAUUUCGUCCCUAUUGUGGAGAAGUACUGUCAGCAGUUGUGUGAGAAAUGGAUGGAGCAAGUGGCCGCUGAUCCUGAGGCAGAGUACAUCACGCUGGCGCCCACAGACGGCUUCACGUGCAUGUCAUUAGAUGCUAUUGGAGAAUGUGGGUUUGGUUACAAGUUUAACAGCCUGGUUAGGCCAGAUGCAGGAGAUGUGAUGUCCUUUCAGAGAAUGCUUGGAGUGUUCGGAUUCAGCUGGAAACUUUUAAUUCCAUUCUUCACCAAACUACCUACAAAAGAGAAGCGUCAGUGGGAUCAGGAUUUGGCUGUCGUUGAUUCAUGCGUAACCACGGUAAUUGCUGAAAAGAAGAAAUCCUUGUCAGAGAUCACAGAUGAUGAACACGUUCAUGACCUCUUGACCUCUCUCUUGCUGGCAAAGGAUGAAGAUUCGGGCGAGGGCUUGAGUGAAAAAGAAAUCCGUGAUCAUGUGAUGACAUUCAUGGUGGCUGGGCAUGAGACUACAAGUUCAGGGUUACUAUGGUGUUUGUUGUCCCUGGGAAGACACCCUGAGAUUCAGGACAAACUCCGAGCAGAAGUGUCUGCCAUUGAUGGCCCUCUUACAUGGGACACACUUGAUCGCUUGAAGUAUCUUACUGCGGUUGUCAAGGAGACGCUAAGACUUUAUCCUCCCGUGAGUUUGACUUUCCGUAAGGCCAAGUCUGAUGACCAGUAUAAGGGCAUGUUUAUCCCCAAGGACAUGGUGGUGAAUCUGGCCAUAGGUGCCUUACACAGAAAUCCGAAGCACUGGGAAGAUCCACUAGAGUUCAAACCUGAGCGUUUCCUCAGCGAGUCUGGAAUCAUGCCAUACACAUUCCUGCCAUUCAUUGCAGGCCCCAGAAUGUGUAUAGGCUACAAGUUUGCCCUCAUGGAAAUGAAGGUGACUUUGGCGAUUCUGCUCAGAAAACUGGAAUUUCGUCCAGUGCCGGGAAUUACGUACAAGAAAAAACAACGACUCACAAUGCGGCCGAAUCCAUCAUUGGAGCUGAGAGUGUCUAGAGUUAAGAAUUAAGCUAAAAACGAAGCUGCUGUUUAAAAAUUCUGCUCAUUUAAUGAACUAGUCUUUCAUUGAAAGUAAAUAUAUGAUGAUCCCAUAUUUAUGAUCCCAUGUUUUAUGAUGGACAGAGGCUGUCAGACAUAAAUCUAGUUACUGUAAAUCUUCAACCUUUUCAACAAUUAAGCUAUAAAAGCAUUUUUUGCUGUGGAAUUCAUGGGAUAAAAAUGAUUUGUUUGUGUCAUUAAAGAUGCAAGCUUCAUAAAACCCAUGUAAGCUUCAUAAAACUCAUGCAAGCUUCACAUAAAACCCAUGCAAGUUUCAUAAAACCCAUGCAAGCUUCAUAAAACCCAUGCAAGCUUCACAUAAAACCCAUGUAAGCAUCAUGAAACCCAUGCAAGCGUCAUAUAAAACUGUGCUAAUUAUUUCUCUACACCCGAUAGUUAUUUCAGAAUGUUUCAAAAUAUUGGUUGCAUUGGCGGUUGAAAAGGUUGAAGAACUGGAGUACAGUAUAUACAAAUACGUUUGUCCUUGGUUGUAAUUUUAAUGCCUGAGAUUUUGUUAUAUGCACCUAGUGAGGCAAAGUGUCCGAUAUGUUUUUCUAGUUUUAUCCACCUUUAAACCAGUUAAGCUUCAUUCCCAAGAAGUUGCUUUCACCACUAAUGGAACUCCUUUAUUAUGUGAAUGUUGUGAAAACAAACUUACUUUAGUCUUUUUUAAGGAUCAUUUGUUCACACAUAAAUUCUGCAGGAUAGAAUACGUGUACAAUUUAUUGUUAUUUUAUGCAUACAUAUAUAUAUAUAUAUAUACAUAUAUUUUAAACUGGUAAUUAGUUUCAUGGAAAGAUCCAUCUUUUAAAGCAACUUGAUAAAGAAAAGUGGGUAUUAUUUUGAGAGGUUUGAAGUAUUUAGCAUGUUAAAUAAUUUUUUAUUUGACUGAAUGGGUACUGUUUUUACAUUGAAAUAAAUGUAUGUAUAUGUAUGUAUGCUGUCUGAAGGUAAAUAAGUAUAUAUGGUUGUUUGUGUAUACAUAUAGGUACAUGUAGACAUACUGUAGCUCUUCAAACUUUUUGCAUGUUUGCUAGGCGUUUAUUCAAGCAUAUUUGGAAGGAAUUGGUCAACCCGGCCAAUUUAGUUUUGUCUCAAAAAUCAUAAAUUGCUCUGAAAGCUAAUCUUCCAUAUGCGGGUUGAUGAAUUAGGGUAUGUCUACAUUACAGAUUAGUGUUUCUAACAGUUUUUACUUAAACUUACAGUUCAAGAUACCAGUACAUAAUUACACUGUACAUUUGAAAUCUACACAUGCCUGUGCAUUUAUUAGAGUUUUGUUAAUCAUAUAUGCAAAUUUUUUUUAUCAUUUUAAGUAAAUUAGUUUAUUUAUCUAUACAAGAUAAAACAUAUGUGAUGUUAUUGUUGCACUAGUUUAUAGAGAACUUGGUAAUUAUUUAAAUGUACUAGAAAACCAGAAA